AUGACAACGCAACAGCAAGAAUAUUUAACCAUUCUUUCACAAGAUCUUGCUAAGCUAUUAGACAUUGAUUGCUGCUCGAACAAUGACGAUGUCUUUAAUAGUAAUAGUAUCACAACUAGCAGCAAUAGAUCUAUGACAAAUAAGAUCAACAAAAGACAAUCUUUCGUUCUUCCUAGAAAUAAUGAUAGUGAUUCAAAUUUAAUUCAUCGACAUUCCACAUCAAUCAAACAGUCUCUUAGUAAUCCUAAUUUCUCGAACAGCAGCGCUUCGUUCAAAACCACCCUGAGAACCUACAGGAGGAGUAAAUCGUGUGAUGAUUACAAUGUAAUAAUUAAAGUUGGUCAAGAAACCGACAAUAGAAUAUUUUACGCUCAUUCGCUGAUCUUGAAGGUGCGAUCCGAAUAUUUUAAUGCAGCAUUCGGGAAUCGUUGGGUGAAAACGGAGGAAAACGGAAUGAUGAUAUUCGAGAAACCCAAUAUUGAACCCAUUAUAUUUGAG